UUUGCACAACUACUCUGUGGUUUGGCCGUCUGACAAAGUACACCACAGAAAACGAGCUCAGAGAACACAUUGAGGCUUACGGGAAAAUCAGAACUAUUAAUAUGAUUCCCCCAAGAGGAUGUGCUUUUGUAUGCCUUACCAAGCGAAAGGAUGCUAGCAAAGCUCUGGAGCGUCUCAAGGGGGUGAAAAUCAAUGGGAGUGCUAUGAAGGUUGCUUGGGCUCCAGGCACAGGUAUUAAGGAGUCCGCAUUUAAAGAUUUGUGGGAUGUGGACCAAGGAGUGACAUAUAUCCCUUGGGAUCAGCUACCAAAUGAUGUUACACCUCUUCUGGUUGGAGGGAUGGUAGAUGAAGAGUCCCUACCAGAGAAGCUCAAAGGCAUGAAAACAGGAGAAGAGGAAGAGGAGGAAGUACAGCCACAGAUGGACACUGGCUCAGAGAGUGGAGGAGGACAGCAAGAGAAUAAUGUGGCACCAUCGCAACCGCAACCUCCACAGCCAAUGCCGAUGAAUAUGUCAAUUCAACCACCUGGGUUCCCUCUACCAGGCCAAAAUCCCAUGAACAUGAUGGGCCCUGGUGGGCCACUGAGUCUUCUUGGUGGGCCCCCUCCUCCAAUAGGUAUGCCACCUGGUAUGAGGGGUCCACUGGUUCUGGGUGGACCUGGUAACUUGGGGCCCCCUACUUCUAUUCCUAUGAUGGGAGGUCAAGGAAAUGGCCUUGGUAUGCCAGGAGGACCAGGUCAUAACAUGGAACGAGUAGCUUCACCAGCUGUGAAUUCUCCUGGCCCAAGAACACCUUUUGGACACUUUAACAAUAUGCCCAGGUUUCAGAAUGCACAGAAUCCUGGAGGAAUGCCACCUCGAUUUGCCAGCAACAACAGCAACAAUGGCAACAGCAAUGUGGGUGGCCAGGCUGGAAUGGGAGAUAGUGAUAUGAGGGCCAUGGCUGAACCCAAGGAGUGGCCACCAGAUGAUGAGGUGAAUGCAGAGGAUGAGACAGAUGAUCAUCCCAUGGAUUCUGACGAGAGGCUGAUGCAUUUUGGCGGGCAGCAGCAGCAUCGCAUGCCUAGACCCGGUAUGCCAGGUUUACCACCUCCAGGUAAUCCUUUUGGGCUGCAUGGGCCUAUGCUACCUGGCCAGAGGCCAGCCAACCCCAUGAUUGCUAUUUCUGGUGCUGGAGGUCCAGGGAUGCCACCUCUAAUACCUGUGCACAUGAUGCGUCCUCCUCCACAACAGUCAGUCAUUACUGUCCCAGGUGGUGCUCAUCCAGCAUUUGCUUUGGCACAUGGAGGAAUGAGGAUACCAAUGCCACCAGUAAGGCAGGGCCUGAUGCCAACUGUGUCUUCUCCUCACUUGCUGCCACCAUCAACUGGAGCACCCCCACCAGUUGCUGUGAGUGUUAAUGGCUCAGUCAUGGUAACCAGACCUGGCCUGCCAAAUAUUCCUGUCAGUAUUGCUGGUGUGGAUGUCUCAAAAGUCAACACAGAGGCUCAGCCAUCUGAGGAAGAAAAACGAGGGCCCAGUGCCCCUGGCUCUGUGCCAGGCAUGCAGAUUCAUGAUAAUAACCACCCACCCAGUGGACCAGUACUGGGUCGAGGCUUUGCCCCGAUGACCAUCAGACCACGGGCUGGUCCUUCGUUGUUAGGCAUGCGCCCAGGUGCACCUGGUGGAGGUGGUGGUGGGUUUAACAGAUUUGCGGGUCCUCGUCCACUCAUGAGGCCAGCAUUUGGCAGGAUGGAGAGACCUCCUUUUGGUCAGAGAUUUGGAGCAGUCUUUCGCCCUCCUGUAGGAUUUUUAGAUCAGGAUGAGAGAGAGGACAGGGAUGAGCGCCGACCUCUGCCUAGGCUUGAUGUUGAUGAGCAGUCUGGUCAAGAGGAAGCUGAGCAGAAUUUGCCAAAGGAUAUUGAUGAAAGGAGCAGCACAGAAGGGAAAGAUAAGAACCAAGAUGUAGAUUUACGACAAGAUAUAGACGAGAGAUCAAAACCAGGUGGUCCCUCACGUCGUCCCAGCAGGUGGUACAGUGCUGGCAGGGAUGAUGAAACAUCGAAAAUCGCUCUGCCAGAUGGCUUUGGUAUUGAAAGCAAGGCUGUUAAUAAUGCUUCAGGUGGCGCCACCAAUGUAAAUACUUCUGCGAGCGAAGCAGCGUCGGUACCAGCGAUACUAAAGUCAGCUACAGAUAUGCUGUCUGCAACUUCUCAAGUCCCUGUCAACUCUCAAACAGAAUCUGUCCAGAAUAUUGCUGAAGCUUCAGUUGUUAGUGUUGAUAAAAUUAUUAGUGGUGGAGUUGAUGCACUCCAGCCACCAAGAUCAAACGAUGCUAGUGAAAAAACUAGUAGUUAA